AUGUCGGAGAAAGAAGAAGCUGUCUUCCGUUCUGCGGACAUGUCAUUGGUUCAAUUAUAUGUUCCUACUGAUGUUUCAAGAGAUAUCAUCUAUAGAAUUGGUCAAUUGGAUAUUAUUCAAUUCAGAGACUUAAAUUCCAAAAUCAAUGAAUUUCAAAGAUCAUUUGUCAAAGAAUUAAGGAAAUUAGAUAAUGUUGAACGUCAAUUUAAUUUAUUUAAGAAGGAAUUGGAUAAUAGAGAGAUUUCAAUUAAAGAAUUCCCAUAUGAGCAUGUCAUUCCUCAACAAUCUGAAAUCGAUGAAUUGAUUGAAAAUUCUCAAUUGUUGGAAGAUAGAAUUAUUCAAUUACGUGAUUCCGUUGAAACUUUAUACAAUAAUCAAAGGAAUUUAAAACAAUUUAAAUAUACUAUUCAAUCUGUUUCUAAUUUCUUUACUUCUCAAAGUGGACCUUCUAAUACUAUUGGGAGUGAAGAAACAGCUUUGUUGCAACAAUUGGAAGUAGGUGGAGCUGACGAUGCUCAUCCUUCUUCAUUCAUUUGUGGUGUCAUUAAUCGUGACAAGGUAGGUGCAUUACAACAAAUCUUAUGGAGAGUAUUAAGAGGUAAUUUGUAUUACCAUAGUGAAGAAUUACCUGAAAAAAUGUAUGACGCUAAACAUAAUAGUUAUGUUGAUAAAAAUUCAUUUAUAAUCUUUUCCCAUGGUUCUAUUAUUCGUGAGAGGAUUAAAAAGAUUUGUGAAGCUUUAGAUGGUGAUCUUUAUCAAGUUGAUCAAACUGCCGAAUUAAGAUUAGAACAAUUAAAUGAAGUCAAUACUAAAUUAACUGAUUUAUCUACCGUUUUAAUCGAAUCAGAAAAUGCCCUCAAUUCAGAAUUGAUUGCCUUAUCUCGUGAUUUGGGAAAAUGGUGGGAAAUAAUUGCCCGUGAGAAGGCAGUUUACAAAGCCAUGAACAAAUGUGAUUAUGAUGGAUCUAGAAAGACUUUGAUUGGAGAAGGUUGGAUCCCAACUGAUUCAAUCACGGAUUUAACUUCAACAAUUCAAAGAGUAGAUCAAUCUGAACAAUCUUCAACUUUCCCCACUAUAAUUAAUGUUUUGGAUACUAAUAAGACUCCACCAACUUUCACGAGAACUAAUAAAUUCACCUAUGCUUUCCAAGUUAUUUGUGACGCUUAUGGUGUUUCGAAAUAUCAUGAAAUUAAUCCUGGUUUGCCAACAAUUAUUACUUUCCCAUUUAUGUUUGCCAUUAUGUUUGGUGAUGUAGGACAUGGUUUCAUUGUCGCUUUGUCCGCUGGUUUCUUAGUCUGGAAUGAAAAGAAAUUGGGUGCCAUGAAGAGAGAUGAAAUCUUUGAUAUGGCAUACACGGGAAGAUAUAUCUUAUUAUUAAUGGGUAUUUUUUCAAUGUAUACUGGUUUUAUUUAUAAUGAUGUCUUUUCUCGUUCGAUGAAUUUAUUUUCUAGUGGAUGGAAAUGGCCAGAAGAAUUUGAAAUUGGUGAAACUUUACAUGCUAAAUCAAUUGGGACUUAUAUUUUUGGUUUAGAUCCAGCUUGGCAUGGAACUGAAAAUGCUUUAUUAUUUUCUAAUUCUUUCAAAAUGAAAUUAUCGAUUUUGAUGGGAUAUACUCAUAUGACAUAUUCAUAUUUCUUUUCCUUGUUCAAUCAUAUUUAUUUCAAAAGUUUUAUUGAUAUUGUUGGGAAUUUCAUCCCGGGGUUAUUGUUUAUGCAAAGUAUUUUUGGUUAUUUAUCCUUGUGUAUCGUAUACAAAUGGACAGUUGAUUGGUUUGCCGUCCAAAAACAACCUCCAGGAUUAUUAAACAUGUUGAUUUCAAUGUUUUUAUCCCCCGGAAAUGUGGCUGAACCAUUAUAUUCCGGACAAGCAACAAUCCAAAUCUUCCUUGUCAUAAUUGCAUUGAUUUGUGUUCCAUGGUUAUUGUUAGUAAAACCAUUAUACCUCAAACGUGAAUUAGAUCGUGCUGCCCAUUCCCAAUAUGCACAAUUACCAACUGAUGAAUUGGACGAAACUCCAGCCACCGGUCAUGCCGAAAAUGAUGAUGAAGAUGAAGAUCAUGAAGAACAUGGAUUUGGUGAUAUCAUGAUCCAUCAAGUCAUUCAUACUAUUGAAUUCUGUUUGAAUUGUGUUUCCCAUACUGCUUCGUAUUUGAGAUUGUGGGCGCUUUCAUUAGCCCAUGCCCAAUUAUCUACCGUGUUAUGGUCAAUGACUAUUGGUAAUGCAUUUGGUACUACUGGGAUUGUUGGGGUGAUUAUGAUUGUAUUUUUGUUUGCCAUGUGGUUUACAUUAUCCGUUUGUAUUUUGGUGGUGAUGGAAGGUACUAGUGCCAUGUUGCAUUCUUUGAGAUUGCAUUGGGUUGAAAAGAUAUUGACUCCUAAAUUGGCUACUAUUAUUGGGUUAUAUUUGGAGAAAUUAUACUUGGCCCCCAAAUUGAUUAUUGGAUCUUUGCAAGGGUUUAUUAAAUAUAAUUCAACUACUUUUAGACCAUUUGGGAAUAAAUUAAAUGCUCGAUUAGUUGAGAUUAUCAACAGAGAUGAUUUUGGAAGUUUCCCAAGAGAUUUACAGUAUUGUAUUUAUGAGACAUUGGCGAUGUUACCUGCUAUUGAAAAACAAGAACCUGAAUCGAAAUGGAAUCAGGAUGUUGUCGGUAUAAUUGGUGAAAUCGGAGGUGUUGUUGGUGUAUAUCAAGAAUUCCUUAAUUUUAAAGAUGAUCAAGAUUUGAUUAGAUUGGUUGAUAAGGUGAAUACUGCAAAAGUUGGUAAUAAGAUUUUGGAAGAUAUUUCUAUUGAUUUUAAUGAACCAAAGACGAUUUUCCAACUUUCGGAUAAGAUUGAAAUUUUAUUGAAUUUGUUAAGAACAUAUUUGACUACUGAGACUCAAUUUACUGUUAAGGUUCCAAUUGGAUUGGUUUUGACUUUGUGUGAAGUAUUAUGUUGUUUGAAUGUGAAGUUUUUAUCAUUUAAAGGUGAUAUUAGAGACGAUCAAGUUAAAUCAAUACUUAAGCAAACUUUGGCAAUUAAUCAUAAGAAUACAGUUUUGUUGUUGAAUGAUAUAAUUGAUACUUAUAAAGGAAACUUGAUCCCUCAUUUAUCAAGUAUCAUUUCAUUCUUAGAAGUUCUUAUUCCAUUCAAGAAUAGAAAAGUUUCAUAUGAUGAUUUACUUGAACAUGAACAGUUGUACUCUGCGUUAUUAGACUGUGUUGGAAGAUAUCUUUCAUUGGUUGAAUAUAUUGGGGAUAAUUCCCAAUUAUUGAGAUUUAUUGAUGUUGCAUUAUUAUUGGUCGAACCUAGAAUUGAACCUCCAUCUCAACAACAAUCCCAAAACCAACAAGCUUCCAAUAACAAGAAGCAAAACAAAAAGAGAAAGAAUACUUCAGCUGUUCCGUUGUCUGAUAUCUUAUCCCAUGAGCAUCUCUUCAAUCAAUCUAUUCCAUCCGGAACGGUCAAAUCAGUCAGGAAAUUUAUCGAUACCAUUAUCACCAGGCAUUUAGUCCCAUCUGAAUUGAAAACAUUGUUGAUUAAUGCGGUUUUAUAUCCUGGAUAUGAAAAGAUUAGUGUUUUGCCUAUUGUUAGUAGUAUUUUGGGUAAUGAUCCAGUUUUGAGUGUUUUUAACAACCCAAGAUUUCCACCAUUGCCAAAAUAUAUCAACGUCCAUCUUCUCCUACAUGUCUACCUACUUCUCCUACUCCUCCUCCUUCUUCUUGAAGAAGAACAGGUUGAAGAAAUCAAAGAGGAAUCUGAAAUCAAGAGAAGAAAGAUUAAUGAAGAUGAAGUAGUUAAGAUUCAAAUUCAACAAAAGACGGAACAAAAGGUGGUUGUUGAAGAUAAAUCAAAAUUAUUCACCAAAGAGAAUAUAUCUGAACCAGUCGUUGAGGUGGUUACGACCACCACUACUACUGAAGUUGUUGAGGAUGAAAUUGAAGUUGACCAACCUGAAGUUGCUACAAUUCCAUCAACUAAAACAAGUCAAGAAGCUCCAACUGCACUCCCACAAGAAGAUGAAGAGGAAGAAGAAUCAGGAUCUGAUUUUGAGAUGCCACAAUUGAAUGCUGAUGAAUCUGAUGAUGAAUAG